UUUCACAAUGUCUAAAGUUAUAGAUGAAGUGGCAAUAGAGCAUAACAUUUUUUUCGAUACAUUCUUUUGUUUGUCAUGUUGUGGAUUAUGGAAACCAACUACAUCAAAGCCUCGUUGGUUUCAUUUAUGUUAUAACCUUUAUAGAAUUUACGUUUCCAUCGUCAUUGGUCUGAUGGCCAUUGGACCGCUUACGGACAUGUUGACAACAAGUAACAAUAAUUUUGCUGAAAUCAUGGGAAACUGGUGCUUUGUAGCUACAGUUACUGACACGUGGUUGAAUAGUAUGAACGUGAUGCUCAGGAGGAAACAAAUUAUGUAUGUCUUAAAAACAAAGGUACUUAUAGGGCGUUGGACAAGUUUGCGGGAUGCUGAAGAAAAUAGAAUUAUAGAGGAUUCCAAAAAUGUGGAACAAAAAAUAUUGAGAUAUUGGAUGUGUAUAGUGAUAGUCAAUGGAAUACUGAACAUUCUUAAUCCAAUAAUCGGUGACAAUCCAGAUAAUAAUUUAGUAUGGAAAAGUUGGGUACCUUGCGAUAGAAGCGUAUCUUCUUGCUUUUGGAUUUGUUGGGCGCAACAAGCGGUCACUUACAUGAUCGGCAGUACUGCCCACGUGUCUGCAGGUGCCAUUGCUCUCAAUUUCUUGGAAAGAAUAUGCUCCCACUUUCGAAUACUUCAACACAGAUUGACGUUGUUGCCUGAUCUCGUGCAAAAUGGGGUAUUGAGUACUGCUGAGGAUGAGCUACUUUAUUUAAUCGAAUGUAUUCAUGACCAUCAGAAUAUUUAUUCUACUGCAAGAGAAAUAAGCAGAAUAUUCUCCGCUGUUAUUUUUGCAUACUUUGUAAUAAUUUUCUUCAUUUUAUGCACAAAUAUAUAUGUUUUGUCGAUCCUACCGGUGUUCACUAGUGCUUUCAUGGCAAUUGGCAUUUUCCUGUGCUGCAUGAUGUUACAAUUCUUUCUAUUUUGUUGGUGGGGAUAUAAAUUAACAGAAACAGGUAAUGAGACUUGCUAUACGAUUUUUUCAAUGAAUUGGCUGGAGCUUCGAAAAGAAACUAGAAAGCGCCUACGUUUUAUUAUGUUAUAUACAUCUAAAAGCAUUCCAUUAUUCAAUAACUUCGUAGCAGAACUGUCACCAGAAAUGUUUUUAAAGAUGCUAAAAACGUCAUACUCUGCAUUUAAUUUAUUGCAAGCACAAAGCUAGAUUGUUAUAAAAACCUAUUUUCUCCUCAAGUUAAUGCAGUUUUGUGUAGUAGACCAAACAGUACGCGAGUGAUA